CAGCAUUUUAAAACCAGGAGCGCAGGUGAACUCUGCACACAAGAAGCAUGGACUCACUACACCUGCCACAGCCAGUGGCUCCCCAAAACAAAUCCAAAGAAGAUCACAAUAUGAGUCAUGGAAAUGAAAACCAAGAGGUCAAAGGGAGCCCUGCACAUUCCACGGUGGCUUUGAUUGAAAGGGAGGUGAAGGAAGCAGACCCAUGGGACCUACCGGAGCUGAAGGACACAGGGGUCCCGUGGUCAGCUCUGGACACCAGAGGGAAAAUGCUGAGAGUGUUCGUGUCUGUGGGGAAGGGCAUCUUGCUGUUGGGUCUCCUCUACAUGUUCAUCUGCUCCCUCGACAUCCUCAGCUCAGCCUUCCAGCUUGUUGGAGGUAAAACAGCUGGCGACAUCUUUCAGGACAACUCAGUUUUGUCCAACCCUCUGGCUGGUCUGGUCAUCGGUGUUCUGGUCACCCUGCUGGUUCAGAGCUCAUCCACUUCCUCUUCCAUAGUUGUCAGCAUGGUGUCUUCUGGAUUGCUAACGGUCCAGCUGGCUGUUCCUAUCAUCAUGGGCACCAACAUCGGCACUUCUGUUACAAACACGCUUGUUGCCAUGACGCAGGCUGGUGACCGUAGCACCUUUCGCAGGGCUUUUGCAGGGGCCACAGUGCACGACUUCUUCAACUGGCUCUCUGUGCUGGUGCUGCUGCCCCUAGAGGUCGCGACUGGUUACUUGUACAUGAUCACCAAGCUCAUCAUCGACUCCUUCCAUAUCCAGAGUGGAGAGGCCCCAGACCUGUUAAAUGUGAUCACUGAUCCCCUCACCGAGUCAAUUAUAGAGCUGGAUGAGUCUGUCAUAAGUGGGAUCGCCACCGGUGACCCAGAAGCCAGGAAUAAGAGUCUCAUCAAGAAAUGGUGCCAAACCUUCAGCAACACAACCUUAAUGAAUGUUACAGUUCCUGGUCCAGAGAACUGCACGUCUCCGUCUCUCUGCUGGGUCGAUGGAAACUACACCUACACACUGAAGAACGUCUCUAACACAUACAACGUCAAGAAAUGUAUGCACAUCUUUGUGGAUGUGGAUCUGCCCGACCUGGCGGUGGGUCUGAUCCUGCUGGCUCUCUCCCUACUGGUGCUUUGCUCCUGCCUGGUCCUCAUCGUCAAGCUGCUCAACUCCAUGCUGAAGGGACAGGUGGCCUCGGUCAUCAAGAAGAUCCUAAACACCGAUUUCCCGUUCCCAUUUGGUUGGGUCACAGGUUACAUCGCCAUUGUAGUCGGAGCCGCAAUGACAUUCAUUGUGCAGAGCAGUUCGGUUUUCACUUCUGCUAUCACUCCACUCGUUGGUAUUGGUGUCAUCAGCAUAGAGAGAGCGUAUCCAUUGUCUCUGGGUUCAAAUAUUGGCACAACCACCACAGCCAUCCUGGCUGCUAUGGCUAGUCCUGGAGACACACUGGCUAACGCUCUACAGAUUGCCCUCGUGCACUUCCUCUUCAACAUCUCUGGCAUCCUUCUGUGGUAUCCAAUCCCCUUCACUCGAGUCCCUAUUCGGCUGGCUAAAAGCUUGGGCAACAUCACCGCCACCUACCGCUGGUUUGCUGCUGUCUACAUCAUCUGCUGCUUCUUCAUUUUACCGCUCUCCGUCUUCAGCCUGUCUCUGGCUGGCUGGCAGGUACUGGUGGGUGUGGGUGUACCUCUGGUCACCAUGUUGAUCAUCAUCAUGGUGAUCAACAUGCUGCAGAAACAGAAACCCGGGUGUCUGCCUGCAGCGCUGCGAUCCUGGGACUUCCUCCCUCUCUGGGCCCAUUCCCUGGAACCUUGGGACAAAGUGGUCGGUGUGUUUACUGCCAAAUGCUGUUGCUGCUGCAAAUGCUGCCAGCUUACGGCUAACGACCAAGAACAUACAGAGACAGAAUCUGUGGAAAAGAAGAAUUCACACACAGAGGUGUAUGAUAACCCUGCAAUGAGUGCAGAGAAAGAGGUGGAAAAUGAGAUAAAGAUAGAGCUUAAGAUUCUGAAAAUGACCUGGCUUUGAGAUUUUAUAUACGCAUGUGUGUGAGUAUGUGGUUAUGAUGCAAAGAGGCAUCUUGGUAAUGGCACAAGAGCCAAAUGUGGGCAAAAAAUGUCAAAUUUCCAUAAUAUUUAUUUACUUUAAGGAUAUUGUUUAGUGUAAGAUGGGAAAUGAUUCCCAGUUGUCAGUUUAUGAAGAUCCAGACAAAGAAAAUAACACAUGCAGGAAGGUGCUAGUUUUUCUUCUGUGUAGUGUAAACUGAGGUGGACUUUAAAGGAUAAGGCUGGCAAUAUUUCAUAUUUUUGUAACUGUCAACAAAUCCUCUGGAAAGACCAAAAACCAGCAACAAACUGGUCAGUCUGUCAAUACUGUCUGACUUCAGUCACUUCUGUCUGUGGCUUUCAGCCUCAAGUCCAUUUUAAAACAGCUUUAUAACAGAAAUACUUUUAUUUUUUGAAAAGUCUGGUAAUUUCCUAAAACAGCUGGGCACUAUAGUUUUAGCAAAUGUAACUUUAACAGGAGUAGAUACCACCACCACUUCCAGCAGCAGAUCAAUGCACAUUUAGUAUUUAUAGAGUUGUUGGACAACAAAGGAGAGGAAUAAACUAUACCAGGUUUUGGUUACACAGGAAAUAAUGGUUAGUACGAUCAGUUCAUUGUUGAUUUUCAUCUUUUAACGGGAACUUUUGACACUAAGAGGAACAUAUAAAAGCACCAGACACAUCUUUUAAUAUUCUAGUCUCUUUAGCUCUGGCAGGCUGAACAAAUCGCCACUUAGAUAAGAUUAAAUCAUGAAUUUAAUAAGACAUUUUCCAAACAUGGUUGUUGGAUAUGAUCUUAUAUGAAAUUACUAAAAUUAUGAAAUAUAAAUGAGGUAAAUAUAAUGUUGAUUAAAAUCAAUAUCUGAAGUUCAUAAUGAACAGUUAUUGAAAGAGUAAACGCCUGCUGAUUUGACAGACUUGGUCAAAUAAACGAUCAUCACGUUGCCAGAUUUCUAUCAGGUUUCAUCUUUUGUAUUUUUACGUUUUGGUUUCCUUUUACUGUGUAUAAAAGACACUGUGACCUCCUUAACACAUCGUUUUAAGGUGUAAAAAUUAUUUUGUAAUUAAGAAGGAUAAUUGUAUUCAAAGAAUAUGUAGUUU